AUGGCAUUCUUUGAGAACUACCGGGUCUAUGUGCUCGCGUCGGUGGCCUACCUGGGCUCCUUUUUGUUUGCGGUGCUGACGGCGUCCCGAGGCUACGACACGGGCGUGAUGGGCAGCGUGCUGGCGCUGACGAGUUUCCGGCGGGACUUUGGGCUGCCGACGCAGAAGUCGGCCUUUUCGACGUCGCGCAACGCGGCCAUCUCGGCCAACGUCGUCUCGCUCCUGACGGCCGGCUGUUUCUUCGGCUCGAUCGCGGCAGCCUUUCUGAACGACCGGUUCGGGCGACGUCGCACGCUCGUCUUCUUCAUCCUCUGGUUCCUCCUCGGUGCAGCCGUUCAGACGGGUGCGCGCCACUCGAUCGGACAGAUCUAUGCCGGCCGCGUGCUGGCCGGCAUCGGUGUUGGCGGCAUGUCGGCCGUGACGCCCGUGUUUGUGACUGAGAACGCGCCGGCACGGCUGCGUGGCCGCAUCGCCGGCCUCUUCCAAGAAUUUUUCGUCAUCGGCAGCACGUUUGCCUACUGGCUCGACUACGGCGUCGCCCUGCACGUGCCGGCUGGCACUCGUCAGUGGCGCAUCCCCGUGGCCCUGCAGCUCGUCCCGGGCGCCCUGAUGCUGGUCGGCCUCUGCUUCCUCAAGGAGUCGCCGCGCUGGCUCGUCCGUGCCGGCCGCCAUGAUGAGGCCCUCGCCUCGCUUGCCUACAUCCGCAAUCGGCCGGCCGACGAUGUGGACGUCGUCCGCGAGCUCGCCGAGAUCCGCGCCUCCCUCGACGAGGAGCUCGCUGCUACCGAGGGCGUCACCUGGCGCGAGUGCCUCCUCGUCCCCCAGAACCGCCUUCGCUUCUUGCUCGCCUUCAUCUUCGAGAGCAUCGGCGUCAGCUCUACCCACGCCUCCCUCUUCGCUACCGGUAUCUACGGCACCGUCAAGGUCGUCACCACUGCCAUCUUCCUCCUCGUCGGCAUCGAUUUCUGGGGCCGCCGCAUAUCCCUCAUCUGUGGCGCUGUCUGGAUGGCUGCCAUGAUGUUCAUCAUCGGUGCCGUUCUGCAUACCCAUCCCCCUGACACCUCCAGUUCCGUCGUCUCGCCUGCCUCCCAGGCCAUGGCUGCCAUGAUCUACCUCUUUGUCAUCGGCUACUCGGCCUCCUGGGGGCCGACCCCUUGGGUCUUUGUCAGCGAGAUCUUUCCCACCCGUCUUCGUCCUUAUGGCGUCGGGUUGGCUGCCACCACUCAGUGGCUCUUCAACUUUGUCGUCACCGAGUUCACGCCCUCGGCCGUCAGCAACAUUGGCUACCGUGUCUUUAUCAUGUUUGGCGUCUUCUCUGUCGCCAACGCGCUCUUUGCCUUCUUUCUCGUCAAGGAGACCAAGGGCCGCAGCCUCGAGGACAUCGACAUCCUGUUUGGCAAUGUUUCCGAGGAGCAGCGCCGUGCCGAUGUCGACCAGGUCUUGCACAAGGCCGGUGCCGACCACGUUGAUGACAAGGCUGUUGAGCUGGGCCCGGCGGAAUCCCGCGUGUGA